GGAUACCAAAUAUAGAUGUUGGUGCACAACACAGUAAUAAGGGAUUACAUUGUUGUCAGCAUCUUAACUCAGAAGAAUGAAAACUCUUUAAAUGUUUUUUUUUCAUUUAUGACCACAAAUCCACUAGAGUUAGUACUGGGAAACCAGGAGUUAAAAAUUCUUUGGACGUUAACUUGCUUUAAGGGUAUAAAAGAAGCUUCCUUGGCUUUAGUCCUAAACUCAUGUUUGAAAAUGCACUGUAUCUUUUCUAUUAAAGCUCUUCUUAGGAGACAAACUUCUUGCAUGUUAAAUGAGCAAUCAUUAAAACAGCUUAAUAGAAUGACUUCCUGUUAUGUCGUUCAUGAGGCUCCUGUACGAAGAGUUGCUAUCUUUGGAGGGACUCAUGGCAAUGAGUUAUCAGGGGUAUUUUUGGUCAAGCAUUGGGAAGAGAAUGGAGCUGAGAUUCAAAGAACAGGGCUGGAAGUGAGACCAUUUAUUACUAACCCAAGAGCUGUGAAGAAAUGUACUAGAUAUAUUGACUGUGACCUGAACCGAGUUUUUGAUCCUGAUAAUCUUGGCAGGAAAAUGAUAGAAGAUAUUCCAUAUGAAGUGAGAAGGGCUCAGGAAAUCAAUCAUGUAUUUGGUCCAAAAGAUAGUGAUGAUGCCUAUGACCUUAUUUUUGACCUUCACAACACAACUUCUAACAUGGGUGGCACUCUUAUUCUUGAAAACUCCAGGAAUAACUUUACAAUCCAGAUGUUUCAUUAUAUUAAGAAUGCUUUGGCCCCAGAAUGCUGUCCCGUUUUCCUGAUUGAACAUCCUAAUUUGAAAUAUGCAACAACUCGAUCUAUAGCAAAACACCCUGUUGGUGUGGAAGUUGGGCCUCAGCCCCAAGGAGUUCUUAGAGCUGAUAUUUUGGACAAAAUGAGAAAGAUUAUCAAACAUGGCCUUGAUUUUGUGCACAUUUUUAAUGAAGGAAAGGAAUUUCCACCAUGUACAAUUGAAAUUUACAAAAUAAUGGAAAAAGUAGAUUAUCCCAGGAAUAAAAAUGGUGAAAUUACUGCUGUUAUUCACCCUAGCCUGCAGGAUCAAGACUGGCAGCCACUGAACAAUGGGGAUCCUAUAUUUUUAACUAUUGAUGGAGAGACCAUUAAUUAUGAAGGGGAUUCUACAGUAUACCCAACAUUUGUGAAUGAGGCUGCAUAUUAUGAAAAGAAACAAGCUUUUGUAAAAACAGUCAAAGUAAAACUUACUGCAAAAGGUAUCAGAUCCUCUUUGUUUUAGAACUAGGACAUUUGUAAAAGAUUAUGAAACUUUUUUAGACAUAGGGCCAAAUUCAUUGCUGAUUUCUACUCCAUGUAAUCCAGGUGAAGUCAGUGGGGAUUUAUGGAGCAUAAGUCAAUGCAGAAAUUAACCCUUAAUUUAAAAUGGUGUAUUAAUUAAUUUUGCUAAGCACUUUGAAGAUGAGAAGCACUUUUGAAAUGCAAAGUAUUAUUUUUAGCCACGUUCAAUAGUUUAUUGCAGAUAUUAAAAAUAAAUAUUGCUAGUUUAUAUAGCUAAUUAUUUAAUGCAUUCUGCAAAAUUGUGUCUAUAUAAUAUGCCAAAUUAUUGAUCAGUGUGUUAUAAACUUUUAUCUAAAGAUUUUCCUACAUUCAAAUUUUAAAUCUUUCCCAAAUGUUAUUCAGAAUAUUGCGACCUGAAGUCUAUAUUACUGAAAAAACACACACUGUGUUAGGAAAUGUUUUCAAUUUGAGUAAGAAAGUUACUCUGAAUAAAAUAAAAUGGAAACCAGGUAUACUUAAAGUAUUAUCUAGUUAAUGUUAAAGACAAAUAAAUCAAAAAUUGAUUUUGUUGA